CGCGGCGGUGGCGGUGGUGGUGCGCGGAAGAGAAGACAGUCAGCUGUUUGUGUGUAGCUGCCACAUACCGCCAUUCAAGUGUCCCUACUCCCUACACAGCGCACACAACCCAUGCACAGUCACCCCCAUAAACAUAAACACACCUACACCCUAUUAAAAUACCUAGUAAGUGUAGAUGCAAGAUAAUAUAAAGCAUCCGGACUAAACCAGACACAGAACCACUAAAUUUCCCGCCUGAAACCUCUUGCCUGCGCCACCGCCAUGUUGUUAUUGAGAAGACGUGCUAGUGGUUGCAGUUCUCCUCCUACGGUCUGAAACAGAGUGGAGGAGAAUCACUGAAGAGUUAGAGAAUACGAGCCAGAGCCAGGCCACCACUCCUGCUACCAGUCAGCCAAUCUGGAGUGUCAGCGAGUCAGGUCACGCAUAACUUGACGCUUGUAUGCGGAUCACCAUUAUUAGUAAAAUGAACCAGUGAUACUUGUCCUGGCGUAACGAGCUCGUGUGGCAGUCAGGGUCACACAACACCGCCAACAUUGCAGGCAAGCGGAGAGGACGGAAGGGGAAGGGAGGAGCACCACCAGCGAUGGACACCAACACCUCAUCGACAUCCGCACCACCACCACCACCACCUGAUGACCCAACAGGGGCCGUGGCAGCAGUACUGGCAGGAAGGCCAAACCCAGUGAACGAGUCAGCAGAAAUAGACGAGUUAAUAGCGAGUGUGACGGCAGAGGCAUCAGCAGUGGCAGCAGAAGUAGCUGCAAGCUCAAAGAAGAAGAAGAAAAAGCCCAAAGCAGGUGGUGCGCAGGCUGAUGAAGAAGAUGAUGGUCUGACCGACGAGUUAAAGGAGAAAUUGAAGGCGGCAGAACUGAGGACGCUGAAUGCCCUUAAUGUUGUGAGGGGCACCUUGGAUGGCCUCUCGAAUUAUAAGCAGCAGCUGCGUGAGUAUGGGGACGAGCAGCUGAGGCUUGAAGAGGAGAUGAAGGCGGCAAUAGAGCACUCUCGGAGAAUUAGAGCAACGAUCAGGCAGGAGGAGGAGCGCGUCGUGUCACUCUUGGAAGAGUCGCAUGUCAGGGAGCCAGAGGAUGACGGGGAGGGCCGCAGGGUCUAGGCCAGUCGCUGCUGCUUCGCUUUAGUACUGCCACGGCCCCUCUAGGAAUUCGUUCUUCCCUCCACGUCCACUUUGCAAUUUACUCCAAGAUAAAAAAAAAAAAAAAUUCAUAACUUGUUAUUUGACCAUGCUCUCGUUAGCAGAAUGACAAACAUAUUAAGAGAAAUUCCUGCUUUUUCGUAAGGGCUCGUGCUUCAUUGGAAAUUACAGAUUAAGAAGCACUUGUGUAUAGACUGUAGUUCACUGGUUCUCAAACUGUGGUCCGCCAUCCAGCUUUGGCUCGUCUGUGAGACUCGCGAGUUUUGGUUACUAUUUACUACUAUUUACUGUUAUUGACAAUGAUGAAAGGCGGUUCAGAUUAAUAUUUCACUGACUUGCAUGUAACGUUUGCUUUUUAUUGUAUUUUUUCCUUUUUUUUAUUGACAGGAGUCCUUGUAGUAGUAUUUGUAUGCUAUAAGUUUUACACUUCAGUGGCUAGUAUUCCGAGGACAUCAUUUAUUCUGUUAUGCACAGCAGCCGUAGCAUUAUGUGUUCGGAAGAGACAGUCUUGGCAAACCACAUCACGUUUUCAUGUAUGUAUUUACUUACAACAUGCUAAACAUGCUAAAGUU